AUGUACGAACUGCGCGCUGCUGAUCGUUAUCGCAGCACUAGAAAUCUUAUGCAGGACGCAGAUGCCGCGGGUGAGGACGACGACGGACUGAGCUAUACAUUUCACGUGAAUGGCAAGCACCCAACUGCGGAGUCUCUGCAGCAAGACUUUUCAGCACCCAAGCCUGUUGUGGCUGAUAUUGACCGCACUUCUGGUCACGUUGAAGCUGUGACAGCAGUGUUCCGCUUCUUGCGCAAUGCUUGUGCUGCGUGCAGCGCCAAUCAGGACGCGUGCCGAGAUGCCGGACUUAUCAAGCAGAAAAUAUUGGUGGAGUGCCACCAGUAUCGUAAGGUGGUUGCUUUUGCUGUGGCGUUGAUCAUCAAUUGCGUCAAUUCAAGCGGCACCGAUGGUUUCAAGAUCGAGGAAGUUGCCGCUCGUCGUGUAGACCUGGUGUGCGCUCGCAAUUUGGUGAUCACCAUCCUCCAUCGCUGCAUGGCGAAGCCUCCGCAGUCAUCUGAGUCUGAUACGUCGUCGCCAAGUGAACUGCACAUCGAUGACGAGGACCCAGCAUUCGAGUGGAUCUGUAUGUUGUUUGCGUUGCUGUUCCGCGGCAGUCAUGCCAAAGAUCUGUACAACGCUGUGGGUGCGCACAUGCUAAGCAAACUUUGGUCUCGAGUGACUCCAGAGCAGCUGAUUUUUCUACGGAUGUUCACGAUGUGGGCUGUUUCGACCCCCCAAUCAACAUUGCCAGCAACCAUUCAAGAAGACACUCGCACAAAGCAGCCACUUCCCGAGGGUACGUUUGAAUUUGUGAAGAGUACGUGGACGUACAUCAUCACUGGAGGUGACGAAGACAGGCCCGAAGAAGCGGACGAGGUCAGGAAGAAAGUGUGGUUUGAGCUUGAAAACGAAGCCAAGGUCAUGCUACUCGAUGUUCUUGGAGAACUGACAGUCGGUAACACCAGACUCAACGCAGAUGGAGCUCGAGAACUACUACUAUCACUGCUUCAGGAGCUGCAGCGAGUAUGGGAGCUUGGCCGUCAGAGCACCACAACUAUGAACACUAGGACUGCUGCAUCAACGAUACAGCCACAAACAAACGGAGAGCCGUUCGGGUACAGGUCUGGAUUAAUCCGCGUCAUUGGCAACCUGAGCUUCCGGCACACAGAUCACCAAGAUCUCGUACGUAACGAAGGAUACCUACCUUUGUUUCUGAACCACUGCAACAUUGACGAGACGAAUCCGAUGAUCCGAGAAUGGUCAUUGGUCGCUCUUCGCAACUUGUGCGAGGGCAAUGAAGCCAACCAGUCGUACAUCAAUGCUCUGCGACCACAGGGAAUGGAUGCAGCUUCGACUACUACUCUUGACAAAGCGAAAAUGCGCGCAGACAUUGGGAAGGACGGUAACGUCAAAUUGACGAAAAAGGACGGGCAAUCUGAUGACGAAUAGAAACCUUUAGUCGUAGACCAUU